AUGGGCUGGGGCAAGGGCAAGGGCCACCGGGCUGCGGUUGCAGCGGUGGAAGGCGCCCUGGUAGGAGGCGCCGUGGUGGCCGGCGCGGCUGCGGUUGCCACGGUGGCUUCCAGGCCCCGUCCCGCUCCACGGACCGAGGUCGUGGUGGUGCAAGGCGCGGCUGUACCGGCUUCACCAGCCCCCACAGUGGUGGUUGCGAGCCACGGCAAAGGCAAAGCCAAGGGCAAAGGUAAGGGCAAGGGCAAGUGGAAGGGCGUCGCUGUCACUAGCAUCCCGCCCCUGUCCAUCUCGGCUAUCGGCAUCCCGGCGAGCGGCAUCGAAAGUCAGGGCGACGUGACAUAUUUUACUAUCGACGUUCUGGCUGAGGGGUCAGCUACCACUUACCAGGUCCGCAGGAGAUACCGCGAAUUCGCUGCCCUUCUGGACAAUCUGCAGCGCUCCGCGCCUGGAUCCUUGAACAUCAGUGACUUCCCCCCAAAGUACCGCUUCUUUGCCUGCACCGGCGAGCGACUGGAG